AUGUCGAUGACAAGGAGCACUGUUCAGGAACUUUGCGACUUUGUUCAGCGUUAGUUUCAAUGCCCAAAACUCUUUGACAUUCUUUCUUCUUCUAGAAAAUCCUGCGACAGUUCUUGGCAACAAGUUUUUCGACUCACGGCUUGUCCUGCACGUGGAAGCCUCGGCCAAAUCCGACAAGUUCGAGUCUCGUAUUUUGGUUCUGUCCAAGUUUCGGGUCUUUUUUCUGUCCGGGAAAGCUCCCGGAUCUCUGAAAGUCGAAAAAAGCUUCCAUUUAUUGUCGAUAAAGGCUCUACAAGUUGUUAAAGAAGAUGAGGUUGGGCUCUUUUUUCGGGAGGAUUUUCAGACCUGCCUGUUUCAGCUGUCAAUAACGUUUGAGGAGAACUUGCACAGAAAGAAAAUUGUCGUGAAAUCGUCGACUCAGACGGGCCUUUUUCUUUCUAAGCAAAUUUUAUCCGCCUUGAAGCACUAUUUCCCUGAUAUUGGUCAGUUUUUUCGCGAAAAGUUGAAAACUUCAUAGAUAUUUGCAGGAAGUCAACUAGCCACGACAUUCGAGAUAGCUCCAACUUCGCUUUUGGGUGAUUUCGAAACUUUGCCGAUUGACGUGGCCCCAAGGCCUUGUCAUUCUUUCCGCAGGACUUAUGCGGCCUUGUGUGAUUUUUAUGAACAGCCCUACCGCGAGGAAGUUUCUUGGGUUCGUUUCGGACUUGAAUUUUGGUAUGAGAAAAUGUUUCAGGACGUCGAAAAGAUCUACACGAUCAACAAGCUUCGGGACUUGAGGAUCGACGAUUUUUCUCAUCUUUUGCCGAGGUUUUGAUGAAAUUUCGGAGCAGUUUAUUUUCUUCAAUAAUCCUUUUUUUCGAUAAAAAAAUUCCAAAAAAAUUUUCGCUUUUUUUCAAUGAUUUUUUUCCAGAGAUUUACUACCAAUUGUCGGAGUUUUACAAUAUUCGGCCUACUUUUCCGGUUUAAUCGCUGACGGCGUCCGUAUUCCGCCGGAAGUGAUCGAUGUCAUUUUGUCAGUCGUCCGCAAGUCAAACCACUUGCAACGGGUUCAGUUGCGGAAUUGUGCUCUUCCCAAGUGACUUUUCAGACUUUUUCUCGUGACUCUUUUCAUUUUCAGAGAUUUCGUCAUGUUAUUCGCAUCAGCUCUUCAGAACAGCUCUACGAUUUGCUUGGAGUCUUUGGAUUUGUCGAAGAAUGUUCUUGACGACAAGAAAGGUAAGUAAAUGUGGUUUUCUAAUCUUUUAUCAUCCAAUUUUUUUUCAGAAGAAGUUUUUCAAAAAAAAAGUUUCCGAGAGUAGAUAAAUUUCUGGAGAAUUUUUUUUUUCAAGUUUUAUGAAUAUUGUAUUUUUUCGCGCCACCUUGACAAACUUUCGCCACACUGGGAAAUGGCUGAAAAACGGUUGCUCAUAAGCGCGUCCGACUUAAUACGACUUGCGCGCGUUCGCAUCGGAAGUUUUUUUAGGAAGCUUCUGGGUGUCAAGUAGACUUUCAACCGAUGUUGUUCCCAAACUCGUCUCGAAAUCUCACGAGACCAAAUCCUUUUUUCGAGACGAAAAUGUCGAUUUCUAGCCUAGAAAUCGAAUUGAGUAUUUUGCAAAUUGAGUAUUUUGUUGUUAUUAGGGGUUAUCUCAAAAUUAUUAAUGAUUUAGAGCCGAAAAAUUGGAAACUUCAAAAAAUCACUUUUGAGAGGUCGGAGAAAUCAUUUUUUUCUCAAAAACUCAUCCAAACGGCCUGAAAUUCGUAGAUUCUGAUUUAUGAUUGUUUUUUUAACAUCGAAAUCGGAUCGAUUUUUCGCAAAUCAGGGAUAGGCCGGGGGCCGCAAGCCACCAAUUGAUAUUUAUUCUCACAAGCGCAAAAUCUUGUAAUUGGACUGAAAAAGCUUCCAAAAGGUUGCAAAUUAAGUAAUUCGUCGUUAUUAGGUGUUAUCUCAAGAUGAGUAAUGAUUUUGAGCCGUAAAAAAAGCGAAAAUAAAAAGUUGAUUUUUUUCUAAUGGCCGGAAAAUGACUAAUUUUCAAACCCUUCCGAUUGGCCUGAAAUUUUGUGAGAACAUGUAAUAUGUGUAAUAUUCACUUUUAAAAAAGAAAUUGAAUCGAUACCUAUCAUUUUGAAGUUUUUAGGACAUGAUUUAUACGAUUCGCCUCAGUAUUUUCGACCGUUUGGCGCUAGUAUAAGAUUUUGUCAAUAAUUUCACCACUCAAUAAACUUCAAAAGGCUUAAUGAAUAAAAUAAACCGAUUUCCUGUAACUUAUCGACCCUUCUUAAAGGAUCGGGGGGCCCGCAUGUGCUAAAUGGGCUGCUAGCCCACGUAUGUUUCUAGGUCAAAAUUGCGAUAUUUUUAUUUUAAAGUUUCCGAUAUUUUUCAAAAUUCGAGACAACAUCUCGUUCUCGAAAAGUUUUUGAAACAUCUGUCUCGACUCCAAAAAAGCGCACCUCGAACGAUUUUUUUUUGAAAUAAGAAUAUCUGAACUAAAAAAGGUCGAAGAAGAGCUUUUUCUUGGAGUUAACUCCAGGUGUCUUUUUCAAGUUAGGUCCACUAUGUUUUUUUCGCACUUUCAUCGAAAGUUUUCCAGGUUUCGGAGCCUUAUCCCUCGUACUUCCCCGUAUGCCAACUCUCCGUCAUUUGAACGUUUCCGAGUGCCAAUUAUCGGAAAAAUGCGUUCAACUACUUUGUGCCGGUCUUUAUAAGUGAGAAAAAGGAGUUACAGAUCAAAAAUAAUAAUAGUUUUGCAGUGGGGUGACGGCUUGCAAGGGCGGAAACAUGCAAUUGUCGGAUUUGGUUCUUUCUUCGAAUGUUAUUAGGGAGGACGUGAGUAUUUUCGAAUUUGGGUGGAGUUUUCUCCAUAGAACGAUAUUUCCAUUCUCCAUUUAAAAAAAAAUUGAUUUCCAUUUUUUGGAACUUUUCUUGAAAAAAAUUUAUUUUUUUGCCAUUCAUAGGCAAAAUCGGAAAGGGUGGAAAAAAAGGCUCCAAAAAAAAAGAAAAAAAAUUGAAGGCUCGAUAAAGGGACACUUUUUGCUGUCUUCUUUGAAUCUCUGCCUUUUAGAGACGGUUAUCCACCAUUCCGACUUUGUCCGAGUUAUUUGGUUGAUAAAAUUAACAAUCAAAAAUGGAAAUACCUACUUUUCCAGGUGUCAUCCCUCAUUAACUUGAUAUCCCUGUGCACUUCUCUGAGAGUCCUUGAUUUGACGGACACGGGAUUUCCUUUGGAAAAAAUCUGGCCUGCAUUAAAGUAUGGAGGCUUACAAAUCGAGAAGCUGCUGUUGGGCGGCUGUUUUGUCGCCAAAAAAGCAAUCGAGAAUCUUCAGGUUUUCUAUUCAAAUAAUUUUGAAAGUCAACCAAUUAAUUUCAGGCGGUCAAGGAGUACUUCUCGAUGGCUGUGAAUUUAUCGCAGAUCAAUUUUAAUAAUACGACACUUCCCUCCGAAUUUUUGAAAAACAUGCUCCUGGGCCUGGCUUCCAACAGACAGGUCUUUUCUUUUUUUUUAUGAAAGGUCGUAACAAAAUAAUUACUUUAACAAUUGAUAUCAAUUAGCGCGUUAAAGCAACAUAUGACCAUUAUAGCUUCUUUUUAACUGUUUAAUGUCAUCUAGUUUUUAUCCCAAUUAUUCAUGUCUUGCCAUGUAAAGAUUGUUAUUAAUGAAUAAAAUUCCAGUUGAAACCGUUCCGAUUGGAUUUGGACAACGUUUCCGACAAGGGAUCGCCUCAGAUUUUGGAGGCCUGUCUGGGAAGUAUCCAGUGUGAAAGCCUCAGUUUACGGGAUAACAAUCUGGAGGCCGAUCUUCAGGUUUUUUUUUCAAUCUGGAAACUUUGCCCUUUUUGAAAGAGCUUUAUAAAAGGUUCUGUAUAGAACAGAAAAAGCCAUUUUGACUUCUGAAGAGCAAAUUUGAGCCUUUAACUGUUUUCGAAUAAACUACAUUGAAUGCAUUCACCACUUUUUUGCGUUCCGGGAUAAGUUGACCUUUUUUUCAGGGAAUACUGCAAAGUUUGUUGACAGUUCCGUGCCUCCGACGGCUGGACAUUGGCGGCGCCAACUUUUCCAGCCUUAAGCGCUCCGGCAAACAAUCCAAUUCGAGCACCAUCAACAAAAUCCUGCUCGACGUCGUCAAACUGUACAGCGACGAAUCGGUUAGACCUCUGAAAGACGACAAAAAAGAAAAAGAAUGUUUGUUCCAGUCCUUGGAGGAAUUAAUCGUUUCGGAAUGCCGGUUGGGAGCCUUUCUGAGCGUGUUGAUGAACACUUUGGGAGCGACGACAUCCCUUAAAAUCCUGGAUGUUUCGUCCAAUGAAAUGGGCAAUUUCGGAGCCCGAAUCUUGUCCAAGGUUCGUUUUUUGAUGAGAGUUUCGGAGAUGACUUUUUUUUGCGAAAACUUUGCUAAUAGUGGGAAAUUCCUCAUUAAUAAUUUUCUCGACUUGGCUCCUUCCAAACUUUUUUUUGAAAAGGGAAAACAAUGGAAAAAAGCGGAACUUUACGCUUCAAAAUUGUUCAAAGCUCCUUCAAAAAGGAGUUUUCCGCAUAGUAUAAAGUAAAAUUCUUGGUUCAAUGCGGUGAUUGAAAUGAAACAACAUAAUUUGGAAGAAUAUAAUUUUUUUUUUAAAUUUUAAUUGAAGAUUUCAUUUCUUAAUAGAAUUUAUGAAUUUUUUAUUCUUUAGCCUUUUCUCGUACUUUCUAGUUUUUUUCGCUACCUAUUAUGAAAGUUCUAUGAAGCGUAACAAAACUAGCUGCAAUGAAUUUUAUCAAUUUUUUAAAAAUUCGUUUUUCAUUUUUUUUUUUUCAGUAUUCUUUUCUUCAAUUUUUUUUUAAUUUACGAAAGAGUAUUGUCUUAAAAUUUAGGUAUGGAAGUGUACAGUUAAAAUUUUUACAACAGAUUUUUUUAUUUUCGAAGUGGAGUGGAACAGGUUUUUAAAAAAAAAAACGUCGUUUUUUUCGAGUUUGAUGAAAUUUUAAUUUUUUAAGCGUAUUUAGCUGGAGUUGAGAUUGAAGCAAGAGUCGUUCCAUCUAUUCCACAUGAGUAAAACGGAAAAGUUCCUUUGAGGAACCUUAGAAGGAACUGUAAAGCUUCCGAUAAAUGCUCUAAGAUUAUCGGGAAAAUUCUUUUGACAUGUGAGUUCCUUUUUCAUAGCCUUCGAGAAUCUUUUUUGAUUUCGUGAAACCUUUUAUUUCAAAGAUAAUUCAGGCUCUCCAAGUGAACGUUUCUCUGCGAACCAUUCUCAUCGACAAUAACCACAUCGGCGCCGACGGCUUCGUCGACAUUGCCAAUGCGAUGAGAAUGUUCGUCUCCUCACAAAAAUCUUCUAAUUAAUUAGGGAAUUCUCAGGAACUAUACUCUAACAAACAUUCCCUACCCGGUUCACGACUCCUUCGAAUGUAUGCAACGGGCGGAACGGCCCAGAGCCAUUUCCGCCUUGUCCCAGAUCCAACAGCUCCUUUUCCGCAACAGAACUUCGGCGUCCUUCGAAGAGGCCAAUUGCAAGAGGAUCCAUGCCGCUGGACUUCAGCAGGUUGAUUUUUAGAACAUUUUUUCGCGCAAAAUCUAUCGCUUGGUUUCUACUGUUUUUCAUGACCCGUUCGUUGUGUUUCAGGUGUAAACUAUUAGGUUUUCUGGAACUAAUGUGGACCUUCUGACCUGUACUUUUUUUUAACAAUAAUAAAAUCUGAGAUGAAAUCAUCCGUUUCACCUGUUGUGUAAGGGUUUGGAGCGCUAGGACAUCAUUUCGUUUCGUUUCAAACUUGGAAAAGGGUCUUUAUCGAUUAUUUGACGUUUUUUUGGUCUUCGAAGCUUUCAUCGCCACUGAGAAAGCGCUGAAGUCAUUGUCGACCCUGAGUAGCCAAAUACUUCGACAAAAGAACAACAAAAUUCAGCGGCCGAUCGGUUAGAUAGUACAUAUUUUUCUGAUGGUCUUGUCGAUAUACUUUUUUCUUGCUGAAAAAAAUCAAGAAUAAUAUAGUAAAAUGGCACUUCGAACGAUGUACAAGAACACCCUUUUCAUGAUUUUCAACAAAACGUUUUCGAAAAUAUUUUGCUGAAGCCAAAAAAUACAUUAGUGUUUUGAGCUAGCCUUGUGUCGGCUAUACAACAGAACCACGAUAAAAUCCAAGAAAAAACGCCCGGGAAAAAGAUCGAAAUAACGCGACAUUUCUCUGCGCGGAGAAUCUAUGUCCGACUUUCUGUCAAGAUCCUGAAAGACUCGAGUUUCAGCUUCUCGAAAAAGCCAGCGAAGAAUCGUUCCGGACGGUGAACGGCUCGGUCUUCUCGUUCAGUAACGAACCGUUCCCCAGUCGCCUCAAUGAGAUUGUCGAGGACUUUGUUGAGCAGGUAAUCGUUUUUGGUGAAACUGGGGUUUCGUGAUUGCUUAUCACUGAGUUGAAAAAUAAUAAAUUUUUUUCCCCUUUUUUAGAACGAAUGAGAAACUUUAUAAAUAUUUCAUUUUUCUUUUUUUCAUUUGAUUUGAAAAUAGUUUGAACUAAAGAAAUAAGAAAAAGUUUUUUUAUGAUUUAUGUAAGCUUUGGGGUUUUCUUAUUUCAGAAAAAAAUUCUAUUUCGAGUUAUGACUCUUUUUAAAAAGCUUCAAAAACGACCUGUCUUUAUUAAUAGGUAAAAUAAUCUAGAAAACUUCGGUAUUUUUACGACCAAAAAAGGUUUAGUUCCGACGAGAGGCUUCUCUAUGCAUCAAUGAAUCAUUACCACGUGCCACGUCUCCCAGUGUCAAUUUCGAUUCCAAAAGAGCCGAGCAAUUCGCCGGCUCGAGGCUCAAUGAGCUCUGGGUCGAAGACGCCAAACACGUUUUUAGGUACCUUUGAAACGAAACAUUUUAAAAAUCGUUCUAAAAUUUUCAGCGAUUGGCGCUGGCGAGAGUUUUGCGACCGCUCCGAAUUCUUGCUCAAAUCGAACUUGGAAACAAGCAGCGUCGACAGAAGCUCACUGGGCAACGCUUCGCCCGCCUUUCCGGCCAAAAGGUACAGUUCAGUCGCGUGAAAGGGGCGGAGCCGAUUAAUUACAAGAUUUUUUGAUUUUUUUUUGUUUCAGAUUAUAUACGGAGUACUCGGAAAAAGUUUUUGCCUUGUCUUAUAACGAAAUCUUGGCACAAUGAUUCAAUUUUUAUUCUGUCUAAGAGUUCCACACAACAUAAUUUGAAAAAAAAGACAAGGUCAAUACCAAAAGGAGUAGUUAAUGAAGUUUUAAAGCAAAAUAUUUCAGUUUAUCGGGCUCUUCCGAAGAUCCGAAGUUCAAAAAGAAAGAUCAAACCAAAAUGUUUCAUUUCUCACACACAAAAGCUGUAUUGAAGAAAUAAAUGAAAGAAAUCUAGAUGGCAAAACAAUGAAAUUGCAGAUCAGAGGCUUCUUACCGUCCACGGAGCAUAAUCGGAGAGAUUGCGGAGAACGGCGAGGUCGGCGUCAGUUUAGAUGCGCCGCCGAAGCCGUCCCCUCUGCAACAUCUUCAGAAGUCGCGGCCGCGACGUCGUGGACAGGGUUAGAGUUUGUGUCUUGAAAGAGGGCAGAGUUGAGUAUCAAUGAAAGAUCUUCUAAAACUUGCCUCAAUUUUAAAAAGAAAACCUUUGAAAUCAUACUUUUGAUUACGAAUUUGUCAGCCGAAGCUGUACUUUUGAGGUUAAAGAAGUUGAAUAUGAGAAAAAAAUUAAAGUUCAGUUGCCACCAUGAUUUCUGUAUAAACUUGACUAUAUCAACAGGAAGCUCGCCGUUGAAGCAAGUGAUUGUGGAAGACGUGAUGCUGACGAGCCGAAGCACUGAAGCCGAGGGCGACGACGAAGUUUCCACCAAAAGCACGACGGAAAGCGAAGACGGAGCCGAUGGAGACAAGCCCGCCAAGGUAGGAUAUCGGCCAUUUAGCGCUGUUUCUUGAAUAUCGAAAAAACGUUUUGAGGUUACGACUAUUUCAGUUUCAGAAUGAGCACAUAACCCGUAUCGCUAUGAUUCCGGAUCCAUCCCUACUCGCCCAGGUUCAGCUGAAGUCUCCAACUGACCGAGCUGCCGCGAACUUGUCGCCCGAUUCUCCGCCGCCUCUUCCGCAGAGAAACAGGUUCGUUUCACAAUAAAAAUGACGAUCUUACAAGGUAAACGCAAAAAGUGUGAAAACAGAUCAGUUGAGAUUGAACGUACAAAUCUUAUCUAUUUUAUUCGCCACUAUCUGAUUUCUUUGCGCCAUCCUGAUUUUACCUGUUAUUUUUCUAUCGCUUUUAGACCUCGUCGAUGAGAGAAAAGAGAAUGCAGACAGGACAGAAAGUUCUCAAUAGUUGCAGAACGAAAACAUCGUAGUUUAUUUAAUGCGUAUAUUUCAUUGAAUUUAGCGCCAAAAUAUUAUAUGAACUCCAAAUAUUCAGUUGAGUUCAAACUGUUGUUUUUAUCUUUCAAAAAAAUUAUAUAAUAUUUUUUUACUUUAAAGUUUAAAAAUUUCCAAAUAAGCCGCAACUGGAUUCUGCUAUUUUUAAUCGGUAUCUUUUCUGAAGCAAGCAUUCAACAGAAAUGCUUUUCCAUGUAAAUUUUGUGCACAUAACCGCUGUCAAAGCAGCUUUGAAACUGAAGCUUUGAAUCAAAAGAGGUUCUGCAGACCCCCUCCCGGCGCACAACCGCCGUCCCUGCCGCCCAAACCGGAGCCACGCGCCCGGACGACGAUUCCGGCCGCCGAAGACGACGAAAACGCCAACAGCCGUCGUUCCGUCGCCGAUAUGACGCGUAUUUUUCAGCAAAAAUCAAUUAAAAAAAAUUAUUUAAUAUAUUUUUAUUUCAUGUAUUCAUGGUUUAAGUUUCAAUAUUGUAAUUACACACUUUAAGUUACAUACUGGUGAUAUUCGUCAGCAUUUAUUUAGUUUUAUUCUUAUUAUUUUCUAAUCAAUUUGCUGUCCGCGGGGAUCACACAUGUCUAAUCACUUCGUUCUAUCAUCUUUUUUUUUCAAAUUGCUAGUGAUACAACUGCCUAUCAUUUGUUGGAACUUCGAUUCACUUUUUCAGCUAUUAUCCAUUACGUGUGUGUUUGUGUUAUCAGAAUAUCUAUUUCCGAAAAUGAGAAAAUAAUAAAAUAUUUAUGCUUUACAGGUAAAAUCAAAAGGCGAAAAGCAAUGUUGCGGGGUUUUUGGCACGGGUAGUUUUAGCUUCUCUAAAAAUGUCUUUUUAGCACUUUUUAUGCGGGAAAAUCGUUCAACCCCGACUCUCACCCUCAAUCGUGAUCGAGAUGAAUAA